ACCUUCUAGAGCAGGCUCUAAAAGUCAAAUCUACCCUCUGAGACAGAUGAACAGGUAGAAGGAAAUCACAGGGCACUCUGGUCACUCACCAACUCUCUGGCCUAUUUUUAUCAUGUAAAUUAGAGGGGUUAGACUCUAGCUACAGCCAAGGAUCUGAGCCCAAUUUCUGCAGAGCACAAUAACCUUUGAUAAUUAUGGAUCAUGGCUUUCAAUCAUUAUUUGACAAUGCUCUGGCACCCCUUUGUGGUAGUAUAAAGGAAAGAAAUUAAAAGGAAUCUGGGCAGAAGCUUGGAGCCUUAAGGGAUAGAAAUUGGUAAAUGUUUACACUUAACACACAGAUUUCCUUUUGCUGGAGAUUGAGAAAACCAAAAGGGACAAGCUCCCCGGGCUUCUUUCUUACCCAAGCAUGUAGAAAGAAAUCGCUUUAGGAAAGAUCGCCAUGAAUCCCAAAGAAGACCCCAGCGAUAAGAAAGGGAGGAAGGACUUGGAGAAAUCCACAAGGCCCGACGCGGACAUGCACGGGAAGGUUUGGGACCAACAAGUGCAGGAGAACAGCUUGGAAGUGCUCGAGUCCCCAAAGCCGUGCCUGGACAAGGAGAUAAAAGCCGCUGAUGUGGAACCUGUCGACUUGUCUGCAGAGGAUUUCAAGAUCCAGAGCAGCGAGACCCUCUUCCAGGUGCUCCAGGACUAUGACAAUAAGGACCAGAAUGUGAGGGUGAGACAAGGAAGGUGGAAUGAGACCCUCAAGGAAGGGAACCAAAACCCGGAAAAGAUCCAGGGGCUCCAGCCAGUCGACUCCCAGAGCAAGGUGAGGCUGAGUGAUUCGGACCUCGAGCUCCUAGAAGAAGGGGCCCUGCCGCAGCCGAGGCCCCAGAGGAAGAGCAGCAUCUACAAGCUCAAGGCCGAGAGCUUGCUCAAACUGGCGGAUGAUUUCAAGAACAUGAAACUGGGCGUCGAGGAGGACAAGUCCCAACGAUCCUCCAAGAGUAGGCGCCCCAAGAGUUCCUGCAUCAAGAAGCCCGUGUCCUCCCACGACCCCGGAGAGAGGCCCUCCCAGAACCUCGCCGCCAAGGACAAAGCCAUGCGGCCCUCUAACUACGAGGACAACGGCAACGACGACAGCGACGAGGGCCCGUCGACCGGGACUAGCUGGAGAAGGUCAUCCAGUAAGGGCGGGAACCUCAAGCCUUUGCCUGUCAGCCCCCAGAAAGGCUCCCGGCGCGUCUCCGGGCCCAGCGCCUACGGCGCCUCCGGGUCCGGCUCCCAGGGAAGCUCCCGGCCCAGCUCCAGCUCCCGGCCCAGUUCCGGCUCACAGGGCAGCUCCGGGCCCAGCCCCUACGGCGCCUCCGCGUCUGGCUCCCAGGAAAGCUCCGAGCCCAGCUCCAGUUCUCAGGUGAGAUCCCAGUCCGGCUCCUACAGCGGCUCCGGGUCGGGCUCCUACGGCGGCUCCGGCUCUGGCUCCAAGGGAAAAUCCCGGCCCAGUUCUCACGGGGGAUGUCGGCCCGACUCCCGUCCCCCAAGCUUCGACUUGGACAGCUCAGAGUGGCCGUCCUCCUUCAGCUACUUCUCCCCACCCUCGAGUUCUUGGAUGAGCCCCCGUGUCUCCCAGGAAAUGCAGGGAGGCCAGAAGAAAGAGGCGUACUGCGACACUGCUUCAAAGCAGUUUUCUUCAGAUAUCUUAAGAGCCCACAAUGACUAUAGACGGAAACAUGGCUGCCCCCCAUUAAAACUCGACAAUAAAUUGAACCGUGAGGCACAACAGUAUGCAGAGGCACUGGCUACUACAAAGGUUCUCAAACAUAGCUCAGAAUCCAGUAGGGGAAAUUGUGGAGAAAAUCUAGCAUGGGCUUCCUAUGAUCAACCAGGACAAGAUGUAUCUGACAGAUGGUAUAGUGAAAUGAGAAAUUAUGAUUUUAAGAGUCCAGGAUUCACCCCAGAAUCAGGACACUUUACAGCAAUGAUAUGGAAGAACACAAAGAAGAUGGGGAUCGGAAAGGCUUUUGCAACUGAUGGUUCUUCCUAUGUGGUUGCCAGAUACUUUCCAGCUGGAAAUAUUGUCAAUCCCGGUUUCUUUGAAGAAAAUGUCCCUCGUCCUGCAAAGAAAUGAUUUUGAAAAUGCAAACAUUAAUUGUGGACUGCAGAGUGUAACAGUAAAAUGCCUAUGAAAUCUAAAGCUUGAUGCCCAUGUUUACCUGUCAUUUUUGACAGCACACACUCUAAUAGACAUUAUGAGUGUGAAUUGACUUAAGAGGCUUAAAAUAAGCAUUUAAUGAUCUGAUACAGCUACUUGGACUAUCAUUAUGUGAACUUUAUAUAAAAGAAAAAGAAGUAAUCAUUUCUUGUAACUUUUUUUAAAAAGCAAUUUGUUGUAUAUUUGCCUCCUAUAUACCAUGUCUAAAUUUUCAUUAUUUUGAAAACAACUGAAGUGUUAUGUUUAUCUUUAUGCAUAGUUUAGUAUUAUUGUUAAAAUAUUUAAAAUGAUAAAAAAAAUCAACAAACACCUUAUGGUUUAUUCACUUUAACUGAAAUUAAUUUUUGGUCUUAAAAUUUUGAAAACUUUGCAACAUGAAUUUUAUUAUCUUUGUAAAAAUUGAUAUGAUCUGAAAGCUAAUUGCAUUACUAGUGUGAUUUUAAAGAUACAAAAUCUGUGACACACUUUACUUCCUCUUAUAAAUCUCUAAACUUUUUAAAAAAGAAAAAGGUUUUAGAUUUCAGAAUACCAUCACAUUGGACAGUGUGAACAUUGGAUUUGGAUGAAUCCUGUGUUCGUGGCUAAAACCUAUCAUAUCAGCCCAUAUGUGUUGGCUUCCAUACUUUCCUAUUUCCAGACUCUGCACACCCUCCUCUUUGACACAAAUUAUAAUCCAUCAGUGACAACUCUCCUUGAGUUUUAGUGCCUUCACAAUUUAUCAUUUGAUAACUAACAUUUUACUUCCAAGCCACUUCACACCUAGCUAUACUGGGCUUGGAUAAUAGUUUGGCAAAACUUGCCUUCAAGAACCCAAGGUCACCUAAGUGCCCACAUAUCAGAAUAAGACUUUAGUGAAUGAUUAACAUGUAUACAAAUAUAUAAGUAUAUACAUACAUGCAUGUAGCAUAAAAAUUUUCAACAUGGUAAAAGAAACAUUCUUAUUCCCUAUCCACAAUUUCAUAUUUCUUUGAAUUUGACUUUGAUUUACUUAAACUUGGGCAAGCCUUUUAAAGAUGGACUUGGAUGAGUUCAGUGGAUUUGAAGGAUUAUAAACUAUAUCUUUGCAAUGGCCCCUGAAGUUAGCUAUCUCAAAACAGGAAAUGAGCAAAACUAAUAUUUCUGGCAGCUUUAUAGUAUUACAGAUGUGCUAAUACUGCCUCCAGGAAUUAUGUCAAACAUGCAUAGCUUAAAAGUUAUAAUAAAAACCACAUGUCCUUGAGAGAUUUUAGUACAGACAAUUUUGUGUUCUUUAGUUUCAUUCAUUAUUCAUAUUUGUGAAGUAUUGGCCUUAAGGUUAAAAUAUAUAUGCAUUUAUUGAGCAUCACAUAUAAUUCAAACAUUUUAGCUAAUUAAAAAGAGCAUUCCCCAGAGGGUGGAUAUAUUCUAGAAACUGAUGUCUACUAUUUCAGUCUUCUCUCCUUUGAAAAGCCAGCUGUAGAAUUUGAGACUGGCGUUUACAAGUUCCAACUUAGAGUAAGUUUGAGUAUAAACAAAUUCUAUUUACAGUGUUCUGAUGUCUUACAUUCUCCAAAUUGCAUAUUGGGGAUUUUUGUUUUGUUUUGUUUUUAACGCUAAUUCAUUAUUCCUAAUGUAAUCCAGGAAGUUAAUGUUAUGGAGAACAUUAGAAAAUAAACCAUAUUUUUCAUAUAAUACAUUA